GCGGCGAUCGGGACCGGGAGGGGCUGCCCCGGGGCGCCUUUCCCCUUCCCUGCCGCGGCGGCGGGAGGCGCUGGAGGAUUUUUCUCCCGCUGCGGCCCCCCCUCGCUGCCCCCUAGACAUGGUCGGUCACCUACAGCUGCAAGGGAUGGACGAGAGCCUGAAGGAGAAGAGCCGGGAAGGCUUGCUGGACAGCCCGGACUCGGGGCUGCCCCCCAGCCCCAGCCCCCCUUUCUACUCCCUCUCGCCCGGCGGCGGCGAGGGCCGAGCCGGGGGCGGCGGCGGCGGCGCGGACCCCCCGGCCCCGGGGCACCGGCGCGAGGCCAAGGACGGCAAAGUGAUGCCUUACCUGCUCCUGAACCCAUCCAUGCCGGAGAUGAGGCCUCGAAUGUACCCUGUGUUUUUUGGAGAAAGCAUUGAGGUCAGCCCUGAGCCCAUGCAGGAAAUUAGGUGCAACUCUGAGGUGAAAUAUGACUCUGAGAAGCAUUACCGGGAUGAUAUCUUCUACAGCCCCAUCCCCACAGUUACCACCUACAGCGAGACGGUCAUCGCCACCCCCAAUUGCACCUGGCGGAACUACAAGUCCCAGCUGAUUUUUGAGCCCCGCCAAAAGCCACUGAGGUUCCAGAGCACAACCAUCAUUUUUCCUAAGUGUGCCAAGAACAUUUACCGGACCACCCUCAACUACAGCUUGGGCUGUGCCAAACGCUGGUUUGCUUCCAGUGUGCAGCUGGAACUCUGUGAGGAAACCAGUCCCUAUGUCAUCUACAGUGAGACCCUCUGAUCCACCCUGCUGCUGGCAACCUUGUGACCUCAAGGAGACUGUGGCCUUUACUGGGUCUCUGGCUGGGCCCUCAUUAAUGGUGACUGAGUAUUAGUGGCUAGAGAAUGUGUCAUCUUGGGUGAGGCUGAACUAGCUGGGAGCAGGCUUGCAGGGCAUGGAGUGGUUUUGAUCAAUGAAAGGCUGGCUUGCAUUUUGUAAUGUUUCUGACAUUCGAGAUCUGGAUUUUAUUUUUGUUUGGUUUUUUUUCUGAGCAUAUCUAUUUUUGACUUGUGUUUAGAUGAAAACAAGAUGACAAAGGACCCUAUUACCCCAUAGCGGGGUGCUGCUUUGUGAGCUCUGUAGGUCUCAUCUAGCACAUAGAUGAGAUUUACUGUGGCCUUCAAAGCUGCUUUGAUCUCUGCAAGGAGAAGACAGCUGCAGAGUCACCGUCCAGCCUGCCCAGCAACCACCUAACCAAAUCUUUUAGAUUUUAAAUGCAGAGGAGGCAGCUGUUUGUAUCAGUACAUUCCAUGCCAUUCCAACAGCUCAUCUGGGAAGUAGCUGGAAUAAUACAUCACUGCAGUAGCUCCUGGUCUGUCUUACUGACAGGAGUGGGGACUGUCAUGAAGAAAAAGAGGAGGACAAUCACACAGAGUGUUCUUGCUAGCAGCUAGAUGUUUACAUACCAUAGCAUGACACUGUACAGUGGAAGUACCUAGAGGAAAUUUGUGGUUUACAGAGAUCCCUGCCUUUGGGAAACAGCAGAAAGUUCAGCUCCAGAGAGAGAAAUAACCCAGGAAGUACAGGACUAUACAGAAAGAUGAGAGCACCUCCUCCAUGCCACAGGAGGAGAUGUCCUGUACAGAGUGACUACUAGCUGCUUGCAUUUUCAUCUGUGGGUAACAGCCUUUCACCAGCCUUGGCUGUGAGAGGAGCCAAGGAAGUUGUGUGAAUAGUCAUGACCUUGUCUGUCCCUAGUCCCACAGAUUACCUGAGAUGUGCCACAGCGGGACCACAGUGUGCAGGAAUGUCAUGCAGGUGCCAGCAACGCUCUCCUGCUGGUCUGUGUGCAUGGGAAAGGAAAGCCUGCCCACAACCUCAGCCACCUCCUCUGUGAACCCAGCCUAGCAAAUAGUUUGCAAGGAAGCUAAGAAAACAGGAUAGCUGUGCAGCUAUUUUUUGGAAGUGCCCAAGCAAUUGAGGAUCCCAAUGCUCUUUUUCAAAAGUAAUGUCAGCCCAGGCUUGCCAUUCUGUUUGUUGUAUCUAGCAUCCAGUCUGCAGGACUCUCUAGGCUCCUGCAAACCUUUUGAGUUUCAGGGUAUGGCUGUAUUGCAGAGAGGAUUGUAGUACAGGGAGAUGCUAACUAGCUUUAAAGAAGCCAGUGCAGGGCUAGCUCAUGCAGCAUUGCUCACUCACUCAUUAGUUUCCAUACCUGUGACAUGGGCUGCUUAGCUGACUGGAGGAGCAUCCAAACUGUCUUGCAUGGAGUCUUGAGUUAUUGAAGAGCCCAAAUCUGUGCUGGAUUUCCUUUAUCUGCGAGGCUGAAACACUUUAGCAGGUACUUCAUGAAUAGCUGAGUCAUCCCUGCAGCAAGAUUAGGAAACUUAGAGGGAACAGGUGUCACUACAGCACCCUAAGGUAAACCAUUCCUCACUUAUGAAUCAUAUCUGUUGGCAUCUCUGCAUGUUGGUAGCUCACUGAAAAUCUGCAGAGCCUGGGUUCCUACAAAUAUAGCCUUUGGAAGAUGGCAUGGAAUUGUCUCCAGAAAUCUUACCAGUAAUUUUUGCAUGAUUCUCAUAAGAGCCCAGACUUAGAAAAUAGCUACGCAGUUCCGGAAAUUAAUAUCCAGCUUUCCCUCCUCUAAAUUUUCCAUUUUGUUUCUGACUUGCUGUGAGCCUAUACAUUUCAGAACGCAGCCAAGCAGCCAAGUCAGAAAACCUAUUAACAAUGUCAACAAGACAUAGCUGAUUGCCCAGAACAGUUGACGCACAAACCCACAGAGAUUAAAAAAUGAUCUGACAAACUUAAAAAAAAAAAUAUUUUAAAUAGUGCCUUUUUUCAUCAGUUUCAAAAGGCAAUUUGUAGAUGUGAUCAGACCUGUAAACUUUAUGAAACAGAGCUCUCUUGUUUAAAAUGAAGCACCAUUUUUCUACCAGAGGGAAAUAUAAGCUCUUUAUAUACAUACCUAAAUCCUAACAGUUGAAGCAUCUUUGGAGCUGAGAGAUAUGAUGUUGUGUGCUAAGUCAGUGAUAAACUCUGCAUCUCCAUCUGGGAGUUAGAUUCUGGAAGAGAGAAAUCUCCCAAAGGAUUUCCAAGGCUUCCACUGACCAUAAAAUUCUUUUAAGCAACACACAAAUGCAGAUUAUAUUUGUUAUUGGUCAAGUUUUGGUGUCACUUACCAGCAGUAUCUGCCUGGAAAAGCAGCAUCUGCCUCAAAAAGGGUCAUUCAGCCUGAAGCAGCCUUCUCCCCAGAGCUCCAGCGAAUGCAGGUGCUGCACGGUUAGCUUAGACAAUUGAGAUUGGGUCUAGAUAUUCAGGGCGGCUGAAGCUGGGGUGAACAGGAUCGUGGUACAAAGCAGGUUGGUAACAUAUCUGCUAGGUCAUCUUGCUGCUUAUCACAUAUUUCCCAGUGCUGUUGAGCAAGCUACAUCAUGAUGUUGUCCUUAUGACCUCUGGAAGCCCUGUCCACCUUCCUGGGUCCAUUACGCAGGUCCUCGAGUGCUCUGCUCUCUCCUCAUGAGUGUCCAUAGCAGCGGGUUAGGUUUCCAGGCUGAGUGACACUAUAACCCAGGUUCAAAAGAAGCUCAGAGCCAGGCAAAAAUGGUUUGGGUGCAAAAAAAGAAGGUCUGCCAGGACAAUAUGCAUACCCAAGAGACUUCUGCAACGAUGACAGAUUAGACUGCAGGCCCUCCACUAAGUAAGUGUGUGGAUGGGCUGGCCAUAGGAGAGCACUAUUGUUUCAGAGCUGAAGGGAUGCCUAAUACUCUAUUCUGACGAGAUACCAUGUUUUCUUUCUGUUAAAAGUAGAAUUAUUCCCCUGCUGUAAGCACAAAGAUGCAUUUUUUUUUUUGAUAACGACAAGCUUGCCCAAGAAGAGCUCUAGCUGGGCCCAGGCUUGUCUCCCUUUAGUUCAAGAAGAGAAGUCUACCAACUAUGGACUUUUCCAAACAGAUCAGUCCCUUGCAGACAUCCCUGUGCUUCCAGGAAUCCUGCCAUGUAUUUAUUUUGUGUAACAGGCCUGGCUUCAGCAUUUCCCAUCAAGUUCUUGCUGCCCUGGCAUGAUGAAGCUUAAGCAGAUUUUCUUGUUUUGCCAUGUCAGGAAAACAAAGCCAGCCUGUGGCUUUGGUUUCUGGGCUGCUGAACACCCUGUAAGCUGUAUGGCUAUGGGCAGGCUGUGUUUGGUGAGCUACCAGCCCUGGGCCACAUCCAAACUGUAACAUUGUUAAGUGCCUGAAAUCUGUAGGAAUUUUUAAAACAUAGCUUCUAAACCAGUGUUUCCCUUGGGCCCAUAACAAGUUGCUUUUCUUCUCUGUGAAAGCUGGCAUUGGAAAGGGACUUUGCUUUCAAACAUGGGUCCCACCACAGCAUAGGGCUAACAGAGCUGAUUGUAGGAUUUGGGUUGUCCCUCCUCAUGGCACAGUCCCACUUUAUCACCAGUCCAAGAUCUGAUUACAAAUAACUUGGUCAAAAUGAUGUAUCUGAUGCUUGGCAUAGUCAGAAGCAGCCAUAUCUUAAAUCUGCACCCCCCCCUCUCCACCCCCAUCCUCCCUCUGUCCCUAUUGCUUUUAUCCCCCAAGUUAGGAGGCAUUAGAAGAGUCCCAGUUCAUCUUGAUUGAUUCAUUCAUGAUUGGGAUAGGCGAUGAUUUUUGUGUCUCGCUCAAAGACCAGAAAUUGAAUUGGUUUGCCAAUUAGGAAUCACUCCCAGCAGCCAAGUAGUGCCUUAUUUGUGGUAUGUUUUAUACCUGUAAAGGGAACGAUUUGUCCCAUUAGAGAGGUGCUUUUCUUUUAAAUGAAGCAUUUUUUUUUCACCUGAAAAAACAGAUCUUCAUUUAUGUAUACUUUCUCAAAGAUACAGAUGAUAAUCUAGAACAUGGAAGUGCUGCUUAGGAAAAGGUGAGUUUCCUUGAACAGCUGGGACUGUGGCUACACAUUUUUCCUUAGGAUCUUAACAUGCCUGUUUUCCAUAAUCUGUAAGCCUGAUGGGUGAAAUCAGACGCUGUCUUUACAGGUUAUUUUCCUUCAAUAGUUAUUUUUUGAAACCAGAAAAUUUCACAGAAACCUUUUGGUUUUUGUUGUAGUUGUUGUUUUUGAGAUGCUCUUUUUUUUACAUCAAAACAGAAUAUUUUGGAAGGUCUGUCUCAAAGAUGAGACCUGCAUCCCCUUUGUUUCUGUGGCUUUGCCACUGAAUGCAACAGAGCAUACUUGUGUCUGCUCUGCCUUUGCCUUUUCUUAUUUCUUCUUGACACUUUGCGUUUCAAGAAAUGAAGUGGAAACAGGCCUGUUUUGCUCGUCAUUACAUUUGGGGCCAAAAAGAGGAACCCUAACUAAGUAUUCACCUUUCAGAAUCUGAGAAAUACUCUGCAGAAGCCUCAGAGACCGACUUUGACCAAAGAUCUUUCAUCUUCUUCUCCUUCUUUUUUUCCUUAAAGACAGCUCUACUUUUUUUUCAAUGUGAAAUACAGAUUCGCACCUUGGGUGCAGGCUUUCUAGGAAUGAUGAAAUGAGGUUUGGGUGUUGAGAGCAGCGUUUGAGUGAGCUGCUUGUCAAAGAAGUGAGUGCUGUUUAUUUAUGUUGAGUGAGUCUUACAAAAAAUUGGGAAAGGUCACUAGAGGGAUAAUGAGCAAAAGAAUUUGUAGAACAGACUGAAGACUGGAGGUUGUGUGAAUCUCGUCUACAGAUAAAGGUUUCUAUCUUUGAAAACUGUGAGCUAGGAUAUUUAGCCAUUUUAAUUUUAACCUGACUUUUUUCCUGCAGGAAAGAGUGUUCUUGCCAUCUUUAGAGUUAAAACACAGACAGAUCCAUCCUCCAUCAGUCCUUCAGUCCCACUGAAGUCUGUGAAUGUCAGCAUUCCCCAGGCUUGCAGGGGUCUCCAUAUAUCAAACGUGCACACAGAGCUGUGUCUAUGUCUGUCCUUUAUGGGAAAGGGUGGAUCUCACUUUGUGGAUGUUCAUGUUUCUACUACCAGAUGAACUCUACUCCCUGAGUAUUACCCCAUCAUUCACAAAUUGAUCAGUUCUGAACAUCUCCCUUUAAGCACAUCAAUAACCGCUGUGUUUUAUAGGAUGUCUUGCAUGACACUCAUUCCUUCUCAGAUACUGUGAUGGCCCUCAAAAUGAGCAAAGUAUUCUACUAUGUGAAUAGUGACCUGAAGAUGGGGCUGAAAGGUGUUUGAAGGUUAGAGAAGGGUGAAGAGAACAUGUACUGGUGGAAAUGCAUAAGGAUGUGUCAUAUUUUUAUUUUUGUAAGUCUGAUUCUCUAAGUGCUUGUAAAGUACUUUACUGUUGUAUAUGUGGUGAUGCUGUAGUUCACAAUAUCCUUUUAUUUUUGUAUAUUCCCCCUCCACAAUAAUCCCUUCCUAUUCAACUUAUACAGAGUAAUUUAAG